AGUUUCCUUUCUGUAUCUAUCUAGAAAAUAAUGAGAGGCUGUUCACAAAGGGCAACAAACUGUCAGUUUUCCAUUGUCUUUACCUUCUUCAAAUAUCUAAGUUUACAAAAAUAAAUAUUUCAUAUAAACUUUUCAAAUUUACCUAUUGGUUAGACAACACUUAUUUUGGCUUGUUUUGCACUAAAUCUCAGUUGAAAUCUAUCAAAAGAAAUGUGAUCACCUAUUUUUUUUUCAGUUUAAAAGGAGUAUCAAAGAAAGACUCAACUAAAAUAUAUAAAAUCAAUUUCGAUUAUAAGAUCAGCAAAAUGUUUUGGAAAGCCCACAAAGGUCCAAACGGUAAUGUAAUGCAGUGGAUCUUUAUUGCAAGAACAAAAUGGUGAUGUUGCCACAACAACAAUGUUAUGCUGAUCAAGAUUUUUUACCAAGUUUUCCAUCUCAAGUGAUGAAACACAGUUUUCACCAUCAAAUAAGUGAGUCUAUUAAUAUUCAAUGAUGGAGAUAAUGCCACAAUACUUGGAUGAAAAACUUGGUAAGCCUAAUAUUACUGUUGCUACAAUCAUUACUUCAUACGAGAUGUAGUGAAUCACGAACUGGGAAAGUAAAGGCAACUGAUUUAUCAGACAAUGUCUUCCUGAAGGUCUGCUUCAGGAAAGAUCCUUGUGUGAAAUAAUAAAUGCUCCAUUGGUAAAAAGCAGCAACAAGAACAAUCACCCCCACCGUGAAAAAACCAAAAAAGAAAAGAAGGCCUACCAUUAGGGGAAAAAUAUCUUCUGAAACUGGAACGGAUGUAGAUUCAUAGUUCCCACGUCAAAGAUAAUAACAUUGCUUCAAUUUUAUUCUUUAAUUUAUUUUCUGUGUAUUGCAAAGCAAUGACAACAUGCCAUGAACAGAAAACAAAAAUAUAGUCAACUCGGGACAUUACUCUAGCAAAUCAGGAUUAAAUGGACAAAGAGAGCUUCAGUCAACACAGUCCUAGAAGGUCCAUUCAUGCUCACUAACCAAAAUUAUAUCUUAUACAUUCUUCCAGGCUCUUAUUUCUUCCUUCUUUUUUGGUGUUUGUUACUUAUUUGAUUAAUUGCUUGAUUAGUCGUUUUUCAAAAAUUCUUUCUGGCUUUGUUUGAUUAAUGAGGUAAAUAUAAACAUUAAUUCAGAGAAUUGACUAAUUCAACGGAAAAAGGAAAGGAAAAGAGGGAGAGAGAGAGAGAGAGAGAAUAUAAUUGUAUUAUUACCUAAUGAAAGUAGCAGAGAUGAAGCCAUUUCCUCUUUUGCUUAAUAAAACUCAGAAGUCAGUGGUCUCCUUUGAAUGUGGAUUGGAUAAUGAAAUCAGCUCACCAGCCGGUCCCUUCUGUUCGUUAAACUGUACACACUGCACUGCUCUUGCGGACUAUCGAAGUCUUCAGCACAUACCUCGGCUGUCCCCCACCGCUUCCCUCUGUCUGGUCUCCUCUCUUGGCUUUGGCGACGAGGAUCGAACCCCUGAGUAUCUAAGUGGUGACUUUGCUGUUAGGAUGGUUGAAACUCUGUUUGAAGAUAUCUUUGUGGUGGAUAAGCUGGAUCCAGAUGGCAAAAAAUUUGAUAAAGUUUCUCGCAUUGAAGCAACGAGUGAGCAGUUUAAUAUGUACAUGCAGCUAGAUGUGAAUACAGAGAUAUAUCGUAUGCAUGUUGGGGAGAAGUUCAUGAUGGUAUUAGCUUCCACUCUAAAUUUGGAUGGAACACCCGACUCUGGUUAUUAUACUCAGGUAGAAAAUACCCGCAUCAUCCCCGUUAUAAGGAAAUUAGGGAGACCGGGAAAAUCUACAUUCUUGUGGUUCAAGAGGGUUGAAGCUAAAGGAAAAUGGCAGUUGGUUGCCCAUGUCAUGUCUGAUACGCCAAAGAUAUGUUGCAAAACCUAUGAACUUAAAUGGGUUUAUCGAAAAAUAGACCAAAGGUCUAUCAUCUGUGAUUUCAGAAGGAAGAUGGUGGAGGCAUGCUUACCACUAAGCGAUGCCUUGAGAGACAGAUGUAGAGAAAUAAAACUUAUGGGAGAUUUUAGGGCAAAAAACUUUAAUUCAGAGAGUACCAUUUUAAAGUAG